GAUAUCCUGCCCAAUUCCCGCCCCGUUUCCCUCCCCUGGCACCACCCCCCUGGCACGGGCCGGGCCAUGGCGGCCCCCGAGGGCACCGCGGGGACAUUCCAGGCUCUGGAAUGCGGCGGCGACGACCCGCAUUCCAUGGGAUGGGCUCCCAUUCCCGUCCUGCGCCAGGUUUUGGCCACCUGUGUUUAUCCCGAACUUUUGGACACGGACACGUUUCCCGAGGCCGUUCGGGGCCGGGCCCGCCGGAUCCUGCGGGAGAUGGACAGCGGGAAUAUCGGUGGGUACAACCACGAGCACCGAUCCCGGUGUGUUCCCGAGCGCGUGUCCCGGUUCCUGGAGCGGCGGGACGGGAUCCCCUCGGACCCCAAAAACAUCAUCCUGUGCAGCGGCACCACCUCCAUCCUGCCGGCAAAAAAAAUGAAAUAUUAA